GUCUCUACAGCUAUGGCAGCCAUCAGGAAAAAACUAGUGAUUGUGGGAGAUGGUGCCUGUGGGAAGACCUGCCUCCUCAUUGUGUUCAGCAAGGACCAGUUCCCAGAGGUCUAUGUACCAACGGUCUUUGAAAACUACAUUGCUGACAUUGAAGUAGACGGGAAGCAGGUGGAGCUCGCGCUUUGGGACACGGCUGGGCAGGAAGACUAUGACCGGCUGCGGCCCCUCUCUUACCCAGACACUGAUGUUAUCCUCAUGUGUUUCUCCAUUGACAGUCCAGACAGUUUAGAGAACAUACCAGAGAAAUGGACACCAGAAGUAAAACAUUUUUGCCCAAAUGUACCCAUCAUCCUUGUGGGAAACAAGAAAGACUUGAGAAAUGAUGACCACACCCGCAGGGAGCUGGCAAAGAUGAAACAGGAGCCAGUGAAACCAGAGGAAGGGAGAGACAUGGCAAACAGGAUCAAUGCUUUUGGUUACCUGGAGUGCUCGGCCAAGACAAAGGAUGGUGUGCGGGAAGUGUUUGAAAUGGCCACUCGGGCUGCCUUGCAAGUCAGGAAAAACAAAAAACGCAAAGGCUGCCCCCUCUUUUAACAAGGGAGCAUCAGCAAAGGAAGUGACUGUGUUGUCUCAACUGUGUCUGUCUCUUUCUACGCACCCCA